GACAGCGAAUUCUCCCCGCCGCCGCCGCGGCCGCCACCGCAAGAAGAGAAGUCCGAGUCGCUUCCUGCUCCCUGCCCAGAGGGGGCGGCGGGCGCACGCAGGCAGCACCCCGGUUCCCCCCCACGUCGUCCGCACUUGUGGCUGCUGGGAGCCGGGGCUCACUGGCCCCAGCUGGGUCAGACGCGAGCUCCCCUCGGACCAGGUCUCUGCCCCUCCCAAGGACCAUGCUGCAGCCCUGCUGACCCAGGAGUAGGGGCCUGAGGGCAGGGUACCCGGCAUGGGCUGUCUGUUCUGCAAGAAGUUGGAGCCAGGGUCCAAGGAGGAUGUUGACCUGGAAGAGAAAUUCCGGAGCCACGGGGCUACGGAUCGCUACGGCCCUGACCCCACUCGGUCCUGGCCCGCAUCCUCCUUUGCCCAGAUCCCCAACUACAACAACUUCUCCCCUCAGCCCACCAACCCCAGCUUCCUCGACGCCGGCACCAUCAGGGGCAUCUCAGGGACUGGGGUGACCUUGUUCAUCGCCCUGUAUGACUAUGAGGCCCGGACAGAGGAUGACCUUACCUUCACCAAGGGAGAGAAGUUCCACAUCCUGAAUAAUACUGAAGGUGACUGGUGGGAGGCUCGGUCCCUCAGCUCUGGACAAACUGGCUACGUUCCCAGCAACUAUGUGGCCCCUGUGGACUCCAUCCAAGCUGAAGAGUGGUACUUUGGGAAGAUCGGGAGGAAGGAUGCUGAGAGGCAGCUGCUGUCACCAGGCAACCCCCAGGGGGCCUUCCUCAUCCGGGAGAGUGAGACCACCAAAGGCGCCUACUCCUUGUCCAUCCGUGAUUGGGACCAGACCAGAGGCGAUCAUGUAAAGCAUUACAAGAUCCGCAAACUGGACACCGGUGGCUACUACAUCACUACACGGGCCCAGUUCGAGUCCGUGCAAGAGCUGGUGCAGCACUACAUGGAAGUGAACGAUGGGCUGUGCUACCUGCUCACCGCUGCCUGCACCACCAUGAAGCCGCAGACACUGGGCCUGGCCAAGGACGCCUGGGAGAUCAGCCGCAGUUCCAUCGCUCUGGAGCGCAGGCUGGGCACCGGCUGCUUCGGGGAUGUGUGGCUGGGCACGUGGAACGGCGCCACGAAGGUGGCGGUGAAAACCCUGAAGCCAGGCACCAUGUCCCCGAAGGCCUUCCUGGAGGAGGCGCAGAUCAUGAAGCUGCUGCGUCACGACAAGCUGGUGCAGCUGUACGCAGUGGUGUCGGAGGAGCCCAUCUACAUCGUAACCGAGUUCAUGUGCCACGGUAGCUUGCUGGAGUUCCUCAAGGACCAGGAGGCCCAGGACUUGAGGCUGCCCCAGUUGGUGGACAUGGCAUCCCAGGUAGCUUCGGGCAUGGCCUACAUGGAGCGCAUGAACUACAUCCACCGAGACCUGAGGGCCGCCAACAUCCUGGUGGGGGAGCGGCUGGCGUGCAAGAUCGCUGACUUCGGGCUGGCCCGCCUCAUCACGGAUAAUGAGUACAACCCCCAGCAAGGGACCAAGUUCCCCAUCAAGUGGACAGCCCCAGAGGCCGCCCUCUUUGGCAGAUUCACCAUCAAGUCGGACGUGUGGUCCUUUGGGAUCCUGCUCACUGAAAUCAUCACAAAAGGCCGAGUCCCCUACCCAGGCAUGAUUAACCGGGAAGUGCUGGAACAGGUGGAACGCGGCUACCACAUGCCGUGUCCCCCGGGCUGCCCAGCGUCCCUGUAUGAGGCCAUGGAACAGACCUGGCGGCUGGACCCAGAGGAGAGACCCACCUUCGAGUAUCUGCAGUCCUUCCUGGAAGACUACUUUACCUCCACAGAGCCACAGUACCAGCCUGGGGAUGACACAUAGCUCAAACAGCCACCAGCCACCUCUUGGGUGGUGCCCACCGGACUCUGCCAGUCCUCAGGGCUCUGAUCCCAAAGUCCCCAGGUAUAGAACCCUACAGUGUUCCAGUGUGUCGGGGGAGACUGAGUGCUCUGAGCUCUGAGCCCAUCUAGGGCAACCCACUCCUUUUACAGAUGGAGGAGAUGGGUGCUGACAGGGCGCUUCUCAUCCACUCUGCCCCCAAACACUGCUUCUCCUCUUCUCAACUCGGACCCUCCAUGCCCCUCGCCUCUUUCCCCUGCCUCCUCAAAAUGCUUAUACCUUGUCUAGUUAUUUAUGAAAUUGUAUAUCCCUUCACUCACUUAUGUCCUACCCCUGCGUUCCUGCCCUCCUGUCUUCCCAUUCUGGUCCAGGACACAAGAAUUUACCUCCUACUCCCAGUUCUCUUGUGUCUGUAAGUUACAAAUAUGGGCAGGAUUUACUGGACUCCUUUCCUCCUGGCUAGAAGCUGUGGUCCAGGCCCAGGUUUGGGCUCAGCACCUCUCUGAAGAGUGUGUGUGUUUAUUGAUGAUGUAAAUAAGGAAAAUAACAACAUGAGACUUUGAACCAGGAAAAUUCCCUGAAGCUUCCUUUGGAAGGGGUGAUGGUUGGUGGGAGGUGAACAGGAUAAGUUUGGUUAUUGGAAGCAGGAAAGAAAGGUGAGAGAGUGCCCUAAUGCCUACCAAGCACAGGACGCAAAAGGUGUGGAAUUUUAGGAUGACACCCCAAAAUCCUGCUGGCCGUCUCCAUGUGAAUUUAGGAUGAUUUGAAAGAUGGACACAAAAGACAGGCAACCAGAGAUAAAUCAAAAUGUCCCCCGCACUGCUGAUGUGGCUUUCAGUCUGUGCACAAUGGAUUUGCUGAUUCUUCACCUGAUUUCAGCAGAUUUGCCAGUCAUCACAGGCGUGUGGGGACAACCUUUGGGCUCCCUCAGCAGAGGCAGAAGAGAAGAUCACAGCUGGCUCUGCAGCUAGCAGGUUCCCCCAAAAAGGACGCAGAAGGAGGGAGGAAGGGGAGAAUUUUGUCUAGCUUAGUGGAUCUCACUAAGGGAGUUCUGCCCCCAGAGAGCUUCUGAAGCAGUGUGCAAGCAGUUUUGUUUGUUACAGUGACCAGGGGCUCCUACUUGCUGGAAUCAGGGAUUCUAAACAACCUGUAAUUUCCCACCCUCCUUUGAGAAACCGGAACUAAUAUGUCUCCGUGUGGAAACAUGGGGAGCGGAGAAUAAGGAUUCCCACCUCUCAGGUCAGGAAGUGUUUGUUGACCCUGGGACUUGUUAAGGGAAUGGAUGGGAAGGAAGUCUGGAAGCUCAGAAUCAGUGCUGCAAUUGCCAAACAGUUCCUAGGCAUUGAUUCUGUGGUGGGCCCUUUGCUAAGCAGGAGGCCGGGAACAUGAACAUGAGCACGAUCUGUGCCUGCCUUGGAAGAGUUCAGCUGGGCUGGGGAGGAAUAAUAGUAAUAAGAACAACUCAUUUAUUGUCUGCUGCAUGUCAGAUGUGUUUAUAUCCUUUGUAAAA